CCCGAGACAAACACCGCCGUGCGUCGCCUCGCAAGAACUCCCCUUUCUGGGUUUGGAACUUUCUAAUGCGCAUUAGUAAAUGGACUUUUAACGUAAUAGGCCAUAAUCCUAAAUGGGGGGAGACUCAUGUCCGGUGGUGGCCGGUGGAGGUCGGCCAGCGUCAUUCUUGUCACUACACGUCCUGUCUACGGUUCAUGUUGAAGUAUCAUAGCCUGACAUCGAGGUGUACACAGCUACGAAGAGCAUUCUCAGUCUACAAACAACUCAACAUGAAGGUCACUCCGGUCCAAGCGAGAUCUGAUAACUGGAUGUACCUCGUGAUGGAUGAGGCGACGAACGAAGCGGCCGUAGUGGACCCAUACAAUGCCGAGAAGAUCUCUGAACAGGCAAAAGAGGCCGGCGUCAAGGUCACCAUGCUUCUGACGACUCAUCACCAUGAUGAUCAUUCUGGUGGAAACCUGAAAUUCCUCUCACUUCAUCCUGGAAUCAAGGCGUACGGUGGAUCAGAUAAAGCGCCAGGGACGAACCACAUUGUCAAAGAUGGAGACAGUUUGAAGCUGGGACAGAACAUCUCCAUCAAAGCCCUUCACACGCCGUGUCAUACUCAAGACUCAAUCUGCUUCUUCUUACACGACAAGAAAACGGACCAGAAGGGAGUGUUCACAGGCGACACCCUCUUCCUUGCUGGAUGUGGUCGAUUCUUCGAAGGCACUCCUGAGGAAAUGCACAAGGCUCUGUCUUACCUCGGGCAACUGCCAAGCGAUACAGUGGUCUACAACGGUCAUGAAUACACAGCUGGCUCUGCUAGAUUCGGUCUGUCUGUCGAACCUGACAAUGCUCGCUUACAAGCCCUCGCGAAGAGCGCCACUCAGGACUCUUGCACCACGGGCAAAUCCACCAUUGGCGAUGAGAAGGAAUGGAACGUGUUCAUGCGGGUAGACACCCACGAAGCAAAGAAAGCGACUGGCGAGUCCGAUCCAGUCGCUGUAGUCGGCAAACUGCGAGAGAUGAAGAACAAGGCCUAGAUGAAGCAUUUCAAAAGCCAUUGUAGGACCAUCUGUGUCAAGUCGAGUCUCAGUCGUUGGAGAUCCAGUGUCUCGCAUUGCCAUGUAUGCUCAAUGUCACUGUACUGGUCCUGGUA